CAACAACCCUCACACACAUAUAAUUUAUACACGAUGCCAAGCAAGAAGAUCACCGUGAAAUCAUCUAACCUCAAGGAAACCACAGAAACUUUCCAAAGUAAAUAUGUCUAUCGUUAUAACAAGACUGAAUCAAAGACUGUUGGUGAUGCUGUUGAAUUAGUUGUUGAACCAAAGACUGUUAAUCUCGAAUUUAAGACUGAAAAGAAGAUUGGUAGAGUUGGUGCUAUGCUUGUUGGUUGGGGUGGUAACAAUGGUUCCACACUCACUGCUGGUAUUUUGGCCAAUAAGAAGAAAUUGCAAUGGGAAACAAAGGAAGGUGUCCAAUCUGCUAACUGGUACGGAAGUAUUACACAAUCUGCCACAAUGCACAUGGGUGGUCAACACUAUGCUGCUUUGAAGGAUGUUGUUCCUAUGGUUUCACCAGACGACCUCUUCAUUGAUGGUUGGGAUAUUUCUGAUUUGGAUAUUUAUGCUUCUUGUAGAAGAGCUAAGGUCCUCGAUAUUGAAAUUCAAAAGUCCCUUGAAGAAGAAUUGAAGCAAUUCAAGCCACGUCCAGCUAUUUAUGAUGCUGACUUUAUUGCUGCUAACCAAAACGAUAGAGCCAACAAUCUUGUUAAGGCUACUCAUAGAUUCGAGCAAAUGGAACAAAUCAGAAGUGAUAUCAGAGAUUUUAAACAAAAGAACCAAUUGGAUAAGGUUAUUGUUUUGUGGACUGCUAACACUGAAAGAUUCUGUAAGGUUUCUGAAAAUUUGAACUCUACUGCUAAGGAAUUGAUGGAAAGCAUUAAGAAUAACGAAUCCGAAGUGUCACCAAGUACUUUGUACUGUGUUGCUUCUAUUUUGGAAGGUUGUUCAUACCUCAAUGGUUCACCACAAAACACUUUCGUUCCUGGUGUUGUUGAAUUGGCUCAACAACAUGGUGUUUUCAUUGGUGGUGACGAUUUCAAGAGUGGUCAAACUAAGAUUAAGUCUGUUUUGGCUGAUUUCCUCGUUGGUGCUGGUUUGAAGCUUGCUUCUAUUGCUUCUUACAACCACUUGGGUAACAAUGAUGGUAAGAAUUUGAGCUCACCUCUCCAAUUCAGAUCUAAGGAAGUUUCUAAGCAAAGUGUCGUUGAUGACAUGGUUUUGAGCAAUGAUAUCCUCUAUCCAAACAAGCAAUCUGAUGCUCCAGAUCACUGUAUUGUUAUCAAGUAUGUUCCAUAUGUUGGUGACAGUAAGCGUGCUUUGGAUGAAUACAUUUCUGAAAUCUUUAUGGGUGGUAAGAAUACCAUUGUUCUCCACAAUACUUGUGAAGACUCACUUUUGGCCACUCCACUCAUGCUCGACUUGGUUGUUUUGACUGAACUUAUGGAAAGAGUUACCUUUAAGGAAAUUUCAUCUGUUGAACAAGAAUUCUCAUCUGCUGAUUGUAAGGAAUUCCGUAAGAUGGAUGCUGUUAUGAGUAUUUUGAGCUAUUUGUUCAAGGCUCCACUCGUCAAUCCAAAUGCUCCAGUUAUCAAUGCCUUGUUCAAGCAAAGAGCUGCUAUUGAAAAUAUUUUGCGUGCUUUGAUCGCCAUACCCCCAGAAAAUGACAUGCUUUUGGAAUACAAGCUUCCACUCCAUUAAAUAAAUUAUUUUAAUUUUUGUAC